UCAUGUCAUACCCAAGCCAAAUCGUGCUGCUGGGCUUGGGUCGCCUACCCGUGGGCGCGAGUGGCGGACGUGGAUUGGAUUGAGGGUCAGUAUCUGAAAUCUGGAGACGGAGGUGUGGAUAUGACCGUCUAUCAUAAGAAUUGCACAGUAAUAUCG